AUGCCGACCCUCCUCUCGGCGAGGUCACGUGGCACCCUCGCCGCCGGCGGCGAAGACGGCGGCGGGGCUGGGAACGGCGCGUGCUACGGCAUCGCGGCCUGCACGGUGGCGCUGCUCCUGUUCUGCGCCCUGGCCGCCUCCGUCAGCGUCUGGAUGGCGUUCGCGUUCGGCGGCCUCGUCCUGGUCGCCUUCGGCGUCGCCGGCUGCCUCGCGCCCGCGAGCUGGCGCGCCGGGCCGAGCGACGGCGGCGUCAGCGCCGAUAGCGAGGCCGCGGCCGCGGGUGCAGCGGGAGUCGUCGCCGCGCGGGCGCGGCGACGGUUCGGGAUGCCGAAGGCCGCGAUCGACGCGCUGCCGACGUUCGCCUACACGGUUAACGGCGCCGAGGGCGGUGGCGGCGGCGACCUUGAGUCCGGGGCGGCAGCUGGCGGCGAGCAGUGCUCGGUGUGCCUCGAGGACGUCGAGGCCGGCGAGAUGGUGCGGCAGCUGCCGGUGUGCAAGCACCUGUUCCACGCGGAGUGCAUCGACAUGUGGCUGCACUCGCACCGGACGUGCCCUGUGUGCCGGUGCAACCUCUUACGAUCGCAGCGGAAAGUUGCUGCGGUAAAAGCUGCUGCGGCGGCGGCGGCGGCUGGUGAAGAGGGACUGCCGGCUGAAGAUGCCUUACCAUCGGUGUAG